AUGGACCUCCACCUCAUUGUGGACAUCACGUUCGUAAGUAACUUGAAAAUUUUCUCAGUAAGUGCAUCGGACGCCGCAGUCCUAAUGAGUGGCCAAUCUAUCUAUUAUUCUAUUCAUAUCUAUUUAUCUGUCUAUUCAUAUCUAUCUAUUAGUCUAUUCAUAUCUAUCUAUCUAUCUGUCUAUUCAUAUCUAUCUAUCUAUCUAUCUAUCAGUCUAUUCAUAUCUAUCUAUCAGUCUAUUCAUAUCUAUCUAUCUAUCUAUCUAUCAGUCUAUUCAUAUCUAUCUAUUAGUCUAUUCAUAUCUAUCUAUCUAUCAGUCUAUUCAUAUCUAUCUAUCAGUCUAUUCAUAUCUAUCUAUCAGUCUAUUCAUAUCUAUCUAUUAGUCUAUUCAUAUCUAUCUAUCUAUCUAUCAGUCUAUUCAUAUCUAUCUAUUAUCUAUUCAUAUCUAUCUAUCUAUCUGUCUAUUCAUAUCUAUCUAUCUAUCUAUCUAUCAGUCUAUUCAUAUCUAUCUAUUAGUCUAUUCAUAUCUAUCUAUCUAUCUGUCUAUUCAUAUCUAUCUAUCUAUCUAUCUAUCUGUCUAUUCAUAUCUAUCUAUCUAUCUAUCUAUCUAUCAGUCUAUUCAUAUCUAUCUAUCAGUCUAUUCAUAUCUAUCUAUCUAUCUAUCUAUCAGUCUAUUCAUAUCUAUCUAUUAGUCUAUUCAUAUCUAUCUAUCUAUCAUCUAUUCAUAUCUAUCUAUCUAUCUGUCUAUUCAUAUCUAUCUAUCUAUCUAUCUAUCUAUCAGUCUAUUCAUAUCUAUCUAUUAGUCUAUUCAUAUCUAUCUAUCUAUCAGUCUAUUCAUAUCUAUCUAUUAGUCUAUUCAUAUCUGUCUAUUGCUAUCUAUCUAUUAGUCUAUUCAUAUCUAUCUAUCUAUCUAUCUAUCUAUCAGUCUAUUCAUAUCUAUCUAUUAGUCUAUUCAUAUCUAUCUAUUAGUCUAUUCAUAUCUAUCUAUCAGUCUAUUCAUAUCUAUCUAUCUAUUAGUCUAUUCAUAUCUAUCUAUCUAUCAGUCUAUUCAUAUCUAUCUAUCAGUCUAUUCAUAUCUAUCUAUCAGUCUAUUCAUAUCUAUCUAAACUUAUACCCAUUUAAGAUCCUCACUCUUUCUUUUUCUGAUCCCUCUAUGCCUUCUUUUUUCUUUCUCGCUAUUUAUCUUUCACUUUCUUUCUACUCCCUCUCUUUUUCUUUCUCGUUAUUUAUCUCCCCCACUCCCCUUCUUUUUUCACCACUCUCUCUUUCUCUGCUCUCUUUUCCUCCCCUCUUUAUCUCUAUCUUUACUUGUUCUUUCUUUCUGUUUUUUUCUCGCACUCUCUUCUUUCUCCCUCUUUCUCUCGGCUUUUUUUCUCAACCUGAUAAACCUCGUGAGUGA